AUUCGCCUGCCAGUGUAGGUAGGGGGACACAAGUUCAAUCACUGGUCCAGAAAGAUUCCCACAUGCUGUGGGUCAGCUGAGCCCGUGAACCACAACUGCGGAGCCCACGCCCAGCGGCUCCUGAAUGCCGAGUGCAGCCUGAGUGGCCACCGCAGUGAAAAGCCUGUGCGCCGCCACAAAGAGUAGCUCCUGCUCGCUGCAACUAGAGCAAGCCCACGCAUAGCAACGAAGACCCAGGGCAGCCAAAAAUAACCUGAAAAAUAAAGAUUUUACAAAUAAUAACACAAAUUAAGGGCUGAGACCCUGCCACAUGCUCUGCAUCAAGUUAUUUGAGGGGAAAAGUCAUGGUAAGAAGAACAUUUCAUGAGAAGGCAGAAGGCCUAGAUUCUGGUCCUCUCAGUAAAAACCCACUUACCAGCUGUGGGACCUUGGAAGAGUUUCCCGAACCUUAGUUACAUCUUCUGAAACUAAGAGGAAAUUGUAUUAGCCUACUGGAAAAAAUAUCUAGUUCUGUUUUCAGCCCGUAGAAGAAACUCUCCCUCUUGUCAGGUGCAACUCUGAGGAGUAACUUCGGUGACCUUUCCUUUGAAUGAGGGAAAGCACUGACAUUGCAUUGACUUGGCAACUAAGGCUCCCUGUCGUGUGUUAGUAAACCUGCCCAAGGCAACUAAAUGUUCAACUUGGUGAGCAGUGACUGGAUUUCCUGCCCUUCCCGAGUGCCUGUGCUUGCUUUAUUAGUAGACAAGGAUCAGAGGAACCAACCAUCACAGCAGCAGGAAUUGAUAAAUUGUAGCUGUCCUUUUUUGGCCCGCCACCUGACUCUCGCCAUCCCCAUCAUUGCUGCCAUCCUGUUUUUCUUCGUCAUGAGCUGCCUGCUGCAGACAAGUUUCACCGACCCCGGAAUCCUGCCCCGAGCCACCGUCUGUGAGGCAGCCGCCCUGGAGAAACAGAUCGACAACACAGGCAGUUCCACGUACCGGCCGCCCCCACGGACCCGGGAGGUGAUGAUCAACGGGCAGGUGGUGAAGCUGAAGUACUGCUUCACCUGCAAGAUGUUUCGGCCGCCCCGGACCUCACACUGCAGUGUCUGCGACAACUGUGUGGAACGGUUUGACCAUCACUGCCCCUGGGUGGGCAACUGUGUGGGGAAACGGAACUACCGCUUCUUCUAUGCAUUCAUUCUCUCCCUCUCAUUCCUGACGGCCUUCAUCUUCGCCUGUGUGGUCACCCACCUGACGCUGCGCUCUCAGGGAAGCAACUUCCUCUCCACUCUGAAGGAGACACCAGCGAGUGUGCUGGAGUUGGUGAUCUGCUUCUUCUCCAUCUGGUCCAUCCUGGGCCUCUCAGGGUUUCACACUUACCUCGUCGCCUCCAACCUGACAACUAAUGAAGACAUCAAAGGCUCGUGGUCCAACAAGAGGGGUGGCGAGGCCUCUGUCAACCCCUACAGCCAUAAAAGUGUCAUCACCAACUGCUGUGCCGUGCUCUGUGGCCCUCUGCCUCCCAGCCUGAUUGACCGGAGGGGAUUUGUGCAGUCCGACACUGUGUUGCCCUCGCCCAUCAGAAGCGACGAGCCAGCCUGCGGAGCCAAGCCCGAUGCCAGCAUGGUAGGAAGCCACCCAUGAACCGGGCUCAGUACUUGCCACCUGCUGGCCUGUCUGCCCCUCCGCACUCACCUGCCACCCUCCACACCUGCCAGGACCUCCUCCCCAUUCCACCCGAAGGGAAGCAGAGCCGCCCAAGACUGCUUGAGUCUUUUCGUAUUUAUUUCCCACCCUGCGUGGCUUUCCCCACACUGUGCCAUGGCUGUACCCUCUGCUCCCCAGACCAGGUUUACACGGCCGGGGGCCCUAAAUUCCCCCAGCUGGUCAGUGGCAGGAGUGACAGGAGAGAGGCCAGGGCCCCUGAGGCCGCCCAGCGGACCACGCCAAGCCUCUGCCCAGCUGUGCCCUGUGUGUGAGGCUGCAGACUGAGUGUGACGCCUCCUGGGUAGGGCAGCUGCUGGGCCCUGCUGAGCCGGGGUCCGAGGGGUGAAGCCGGACCCAGGAGGAGUAGGCUCUGGAUAACAGACGGUCAGAGAGGAUGCCUCUGGGGGCUGCUUGGGCGUCUGGGCCCCUUCCUUCUGGGAUAGCCAUCGUUCGUUCUUCCGUUUUUGUUUUCGUAUGGAGUCGGCCAGUAGACUAGAACUGGGGCUCCAGGUAGAGAGGGCAGAGUUGGGGGUGAGUGGGGGGAGCAGCCUGCGUCAGAGGAAGCCAAAUCAGCCAGCCAGGCACCCGAGACCUCAGCUCCUGCAUGAUUCCUGGGCAGCAGACUAGGAAGGGGGCGCCUUGCCCCACUCUGCCCACGGAGGGUUCUCCAAGGGCCCAGCCUGGCCCCUCCACCCCACCUCUCUCCCAGGUCAGGUCUGGGGAUGGGCAGGUUUUACUCAUGCUGGCAAUACUUGAAACGGGUUUAUUAAUGCUGGGUAUUUUGCACAAUUUUAUAGACCUUUUUUCUACAUAGCAUUUUUUUAUGGGAGAAAAAAAAAAGUCAGCCACAUUGCUAUCUAUGUAGUGCCAGGUAAAAGGUUAUCAGAAGGCACCUUGGUUUUAAUAAGUUUAUUACAAGAGACCUUCUGGCUGUGAGUGUGUGUGUGCGUGCGUGUGUGUGCUCUGGUAUGAAUGUGACUGCCUCCCGCACCCCCUGGGUUGCCUCACUCUCCGCCAUCACCCUUGGGUGCCAGCUGGUGGUGGCAGCAGCAGGAGCAGCCUGAGCCAUGGGGACAGGGGGUGUGUGCGUUGGUCACAGGAGACCCCUGGGCUCCUGCUGCAGUCCAGCCCAUCCUUCUUGCCCUCCUCCAAGGACCUCAAACAGUGGCUGGGACCUGGGCCACCCAGCCCCCAGGUCAGGUUUCCAGCUGGGACCUGCCCAGACAAGCUGGGGCCUGGUCUGGUGGAUGGGGUAAUGGCUGUGGGGAGUGGCUGCCUUGCCACACCCCCUCCUCCGGGAUCUUGAGUAUGGGACCCAGUGCCAGGGGCUAGAGCAUGGCCAACUGAGGGCCUCCCUCCAGGAAGGACCAAGGUGGGCUGAAAUGAGUGAAGGUUGGCCUAAAUCUGGGCCAGAAACUUAGAGGAUGGCUCUCUUCUCCUGGGAGCGAUAGUUUCUUGUCAAAAUAGAUAGGAAAUUGUCCCUUCUUCCCCCUCCUUGGCCCUCUAAGAGGGCUGAAAAGGACAUAGGAAGUCCCCGCACCUUGUCCUUCCUUGCUGCAGAGGCUGGUGGGUCACAGGCAGCUGAGAAGUCGCAGCCACCAGGAGUCCCCUCUGGGAGAAACCACUUCGCCCCAGCCUCAGGACCCUGGGCCCUCCUUGCUGAAGUGCGAGUGAGGGGUGGGGAGGAAGCUGGCUAGAGGAGGGACUGCUACCUGCCUUUUAUUUAAGCCAGUAUUCUUUGUUCCUGCUUGUAAUAAAAUUUUUGUUUUUAAGAAUU